AUCUGUCUAAUGGCUGCUACAUUUUUGCGAUUUACGUGUGUGGCAAAUUAAAUUUUCUUUGCUAAAUUAUUAUUCGGAAGAUAUUAACUGUGUGUUAACCAAGUACGUAACGUGGGGUUUUCUGAUAGUUCAGAGAAAACAUUUCGUCUUGUAGAGAAGUUGACGUCUUAUUCCGAAGUCCAUUCUAAGUAUUUACUGAAGAAUAUCAAGAUUGAAGAUACAAGAAAAUAAUACCAUUUAAAUAAAUACGUUAAAUACGAAGCAUGAGAAACCUUUGAACUAAAACGCUGGACUUCCAUAAAAGAAAAUAAAUUUCCAAAAGUCUGAUAUGACAGAGGUAAAAGAACCUCCAACAAAAAAGGCGAAAAUGGCAGAAACAACUACAUUAGAAAAUUUUAUAGAAAAUAUCAAGAAUUCAAAAAAGAACCUCAUGGCAAUCCUAAGCGAUGAAUUCACUAAACCAACACAAUUUACACAAGUUUACGUUGGCACCGUAAACAAUGUCCAAGAGUUAUCAAAGAUUAUAACCACUUUGAAUGAUAAAAUGCCUCUUAAAGAACUCCAACAUCUCAAAAGAGCCCGCAAAAAUGAAGUAAUUUUAUGCUCUGUACAAUAUUUGAAUACCCAACCUCAAAACUCAAUUCAAGAGUAUAUUGAAGAAAAUGUAUAUGAAUUAAAGGACGCUUUUAAGUAUUUCAAAGUAACUGGGUUGCCUGCGAUGCCACCGAAACUGAAAAAACAACAACAAGAAUUCAGUAGAGUGUGGUCCUGUAAUUUUCAUCCAAAUGCAUACUUAGAAAAAUUGUAUGGAGACCAAUUCUUUUCAAUAAAUGAACUUAUGGAACAUCGGUGUUACAUGGCCAUUGCGUUUGAAAUAGCAAAUUAUUAUUUAAGUAAAUUGAAAAGCAAUUUAUUAGUGUCAGAUGUUUCUGAGAGCAGUCUCAAUGCUACCGUUGUAGUGGAUCCAACGAUAAAAUCAAUAGUAGCAAUUUCCUACGAUAAUAGAGAAAACCAUCCAACCCAACAUUCAGCCAUGCUAGCCAUAGAUAAUGUAGCGAAAACUCAAAAUGGCGGUGCGUGGAACACAGCUGAUAAAUCGGCAAUAGACAAUGAGUUACAGAGUCACAUUCAAAAAAAGUUUGUAAACGUCAAAUUUGGCGCCAGAAAUUAUUUGACGAAGGAGGUUUUGGAUGAACAGAAGAAAAAUGCUUCGGAAAGUCCAUAUUUAUGUACUGGAUAUUAUAUUUAUUUGAUAAGGGAGCCAUGUGUAAUGUGUUCUAUGGGUUUAGUGCAUGCUAGGGCUAACAGGGUAUUUUUCUGCUUCAAUAAUAACCUCAAAGGAGCCCUAAGUUCAAAAACUAAGUUACACUGUGUGCCAUCAUUAAAUCAUCAUUUUGAAGUGUUUACAGAUUUUUUAUAGAUAAUUAUUUGAUGUAAGUAGACAUUUUUAUUUUUGUAAUUUGUU